AUAGAUAGAGGAGGCAAAAGUGAAAAGCGAGAAUGAGUGGAGCUGAGAAAGUGGUGUGCGUUACAGGGGCUUCUGGGUACAUAGCUUCAUGGCUGGUCAAGCUCCUGCUCCAACGCGGCUACACCGUCAAUGCUUCAGUUCGCGACCCAGAUGAUCCAAAAAAGACAGAACACUUACUGGCACUUGAUGGAGCUAAAGAAAGGCUUCAUUUAUUUAAAGCUGACUUACUGGAAGAAGGAGCUUUUGAUUCUAUGGUUGAUGGAUGUGAAGGUGUUUUCCACACAGCAUCUCCAUUUUAUCACACUGUCUCUAAUCCACAGGUGGAGUUAAUUGACCCUGCAGUGAAGGGAACCCUCAAUGUUCUCAGAUCAUGUGCAAAAGUUCCAUCUAUCAGAAGAGUUGUCGUAACAUCUUCUAUGGCAGCUGUUGCUUUCACUGGACAAACUUUAACUCCUGAUGUGGUAGUUGAUGAAACUCGGUUUUCUGAUCCUGCAGUUUGUGAGAAACUGAAGCUUUGGUAUAUGCUUUCAAAGACCUUGGCUGAGGAGGCUGCCUGGAAAUUUGCAAAAGAGAACAAGAUUGACCUUGUUGCCAUAAAUCCAGGGCUGGUGAUUGGUCCUCUCUUACAGCCAACUCUCAAUACAAGUGUGGAGCCUGUUCUGAAACUAAUAAAUGGUACACAAACAUUUCCUAAUAUAAUUUAUAGAUGGGUUGAUGUUAGAGAUGUUGCCAAUGCACAUAUCCAAGCGUUUGAGGUUCCUUCAGCUAAUGGAAGAUAUUGUUUAGUUUCCAGAGUUACACAUUGUUCUGAGGUUGUGAAGAUUUUACAUGAGCUCUACCCCACAUUCAAUCUUCCUGACAAAUGUGCAGAUGACAAGCCUUUCGAGCCAACCUACCAGGUGUCCCAGGAGAGAGCAAGAAGCUUGGGCAUCAACUUCAUUCCUGUGGAGGUGAGCUUAAAUGACACUGUUGAAAGCUUGAAGGAAAAGAAGUUUUUCAGUCUCUGACUCUUGGAGUUUAAUGGUAUGAGUUGUACACAUGUUCUCUUCAAGUUUCUUAUCCUUGUAAUUGAAGGCAGACUUAAUUGGUUCUAUAAGACUUCGUUUGGAUGAUGGAAAAUCCCAAGAAAAGAAAAAGAAAUAGUAACAAUCUAAAAUCUCUUGUUGGGUUUAGUAUGGAAAUAUGAUAAAACUAAAAUACUACUAAUUUAGAAAUUUAUA